AUGAAAUUUCCAAUCGAGACGCCAAGGAAACAGGUGAACUGGGAUCCACAAGUGACUGUUCCAUCAACUGUUCCCUCAGCUUGUGAACCUGAGACAAAUAAGACUAAAGGGCACCAGAUAGCACCUCGACUCUCUAUUUCCUCUCCCCGGACAACUGUGAUUGCCAGCAUGGAAACCCCCUCACAGGGUUUGCAAACAGUCAUGAAGUGGAAAACAGUAGUGGCCAUCUUCUUUGUGGUUGUAGUCUACCUGGUCAGUGGAGGGCUUGUGUUCCGUGCCCUGGAACAGCCAGAAGAAAGCAGACAGAAGAUCAGAAUAGCUGAUGAUAAGGCCAAAUUCCUUCAGAAGCACAACUGUGUAACUAUACAGGAACUGGAGGCAUUGAUUCAGCGGGCAAUUAUCGCUACUAAUGCAGGAGUCAAUCCUGUAGGGACCUCUUCUAAUAGCAGCAGCCACUGGGACCUUGGAAGUGCCUUUUUCUUCGCUGGAACUGUUAUCACGACAAUAGGAUACGGAAACAUUGCUCCGAGCACAGAAGGCGGAAAAAUCUUCUGCAUUUUGUACGCCAUCUUUGGGAUCCCACUCUUCGGCUUUCUGUUAGCUGGCAUUGGAGACCAACUGGGAACCAUCUUUGGGAAGAGUAUUGCACGAGUGGAAAAGGUUUUUCGAAAGAAACAAGUGAGCCAGACAAAGAUCCGGGUGAUCUCAACAAUUCUGUUCAUCCUGGCUGGCUGUAUAGUUUUUGUGACCAUUCCAGCAGUCAGUUUCAAAUACAUUGAAGAAGAGUGGUCAGCUCUGGAUUCCAUUUACUUUGUGGUCAUCACUCUCACCACUGUUGGCUUUGGCGAUUUUGUGGCAGGAGGAAAUACCGAAAUCAUUUAUCGGGAGUGGUAUAAGCCCUUGGUGUGGUUCUGGAUCCUUGUUGGCCUUGCUUAUUUUGCCGCUGUCCUCAGUAUGAUCGGAGAUUGGCUACGGGUUCUUUCAAAGAAAACAAAAGAAGAGGUUGGUGAAAUAAAAGCCCAUGCAGCUGAAUGGAAAGCCAACGUGACUGCGGAGUUCAGGGAAACUCGGAGACGGCUGAGUGUGGAGAUCCACGACAAGCUUCAGCGGGCAGCCACCAUCCGGAGCAUGGAGCGCAGGCGCCUGGGGCUGGACCAGAGAGCCCACUCCCUGGAUAUGCUGUCUCCAGAGAAGCGCUGUGUCUUUGCUGCCUUGGACAGUGGCCGCUUUAAGGCUUCAUCUCAGGAAAGCAUCAACAACAAGCCUAACAACUUGCGCCUUAAAGGGACAGAGCAGCUGAGCAAGCAUGGGCAGGGGGCCUCCGAGGACAACAUUGUCAACAAGUUUGGCUCUUCAUCCAAGCUGACCAAGAGGAAAAACAAAGACCUGAAAAAGAGCAUCCCUGAAGAUGUACGGAAAAUUUACGAGACGUUCCGGAACUAUUCCUUGGAUGAAGAAAAGAAGGAGGAGGAUUCUGAGAAAGUGUGCAACUCAGAGCAUUCAAGCACCGCUGUUCUCACCAACUUCAUUGAGCAGCACAUGGACCUGGAGAAUGGAAUGAUACCCAUUGAAACCAAAGAAAGGGAACAUGAAAACAAAUCUUUACUUGAAGACAGGAAUUAA